AUGGCUCCUGAGCUCACAAAGACUGGGAAAGCAAGAACGAGCACAGAUGUAUAUGGGUAUGGCUUCCUUCUGGGAGAAACCAUCCUUUCACCACUUCCUCCUGAGAUUCACAGUGAAGGUCCAAUACCUAAACAUCCGUACAACUUUCUAUUGAGCCCUUCAAGUUCUAUGCUGUCUUCGUCAAAAUAUUAUAGUCUUACAUGCUUUGAUGAGGUGGUCUCACCUGCUGAAACUGGGAUGACUUCAUAG